GAGCUGAAAUGGCGCAGAAAGAUCAGCUGGACCGAGAAACCUUCUCUUGUGUGAUCUGUCUGGAUCUACUGAAGGAUCCGGUGGCUAUUCCCUGUGGACACAGCUACUGUAUGAGCUGUAUUAAAGGAUUCUGGGAUGGAGAGGAUCAGAGGAAGAUCUACAGCUGCCCUCAGUGCAGAGAGGCCUUUACACCGAGGCCUGUCCUGAAGAAAAACACCAUGUUAGCAGCUUUAGUGGAGCAGCUGAAGAAGACUGGAGUCCAAGCUGCUCCUGCUGAUCACUCCUAUGCUGGACCUGAAGAUGUGGCCUGUGAUGUCUGCACUGGGAGGAAGCUGAAAGCCUUCAAGUCCUGUCUGACGUGUCUGAUCUCUUACUGUGAGAAUCACCUCCAGUCUCACUUUGAAUUAACCAAAUUAAAGAAACACAAGCUGGUGGAGCCCUCGGAGAAGCUCCAGGAGAACAUCUGCUCUCGUCAUGAUGAGGUGAUGAAGAUAUUCUGCCGUACAGAUAAGAAGUGUAUCUGUUAUCUGUGCACUAUGAAGGAUCAUAAAGGCCACGACACAGUCCCAGCUGCAGCAGAAAGGACUGAGAGGCAGAGAGAGCUCGAGGUGAGUCGACUAAACAUCCAGCAGAGAAUCCAGGACAGAGAUAAAGAUGUGAAGCUGCUUCAACAGGAGGUGGAGGCCAUCAGUCUCUCUGCUGAUAAAGCAGUGAAGGACAGUGGGAAGAUCUUCACUGAGCUGAUCCGUCUCCUCCAGAAAAGAAGCUCUGAUGUGAAGCAGCAGAUCAGAUCCCAGCAGGAAACUGAAUCGAGACGAGUCAAAGAGCUUCAGGAGAAGCUGCAGCAGGAGAUCACUGAGCUGAAGAGGAAAGACACUGAACUGAAGCAGCUCUCACACACAGAGGAUCACAACCAGUUUCUACACAACUACCCCUCAGUGUCACAACUCAGUGAACCUACAGACUCAUCCAGCAUCAAUAUCCGUCCUCUGAGAUACUUUGAGGAUGUGACAGCAGCUGUGUCAGAGCUCAGAGAUAAACUACAGGACAUCCUGAGGGACGAAUGGACAAACAUCUCACUGGCAGUGACUGAAGUGGACGUUUUACUGUCAGAACCCAAGACCAGAGAUGGGUUCUUAAGAUAUUCACGUGAAAUCACUCUGGAUCCAAACACAGUAAACACAAAGCUGUUAUUAUCUGAAGGGAACAGAAAAGUAACAUGGACGUUACAACCACAGUCUUAUUCUAGUCACACAGACAGAUUCACUGAUCAUCCUCUGGUCCUGAGUAGAGAGAGUCUGACUGGAUGUUGUUACUGGGAGGUGGAGUGGAGAGGAGGAUGGGGAGUUCAAGUAGCAGUCGCAUACAAGAAUAUCAGCAGAGCAGGAAGUGAAUCUCUAUUUGGACAUAAUGAUAAAUCUUGGUCUUUACAUUGUUUCACUGACAGGUAUGUAUUUUACUUCAACAACAUUAAAACUCCCGUCUCAGGUCCUGGUUCCUCCAGAGUCGGAGUGUACCUGGAUCACAGAGCAGGUAUUCUGUCCUUCUACAGCGUCUCUGAAACCAUGACUCUCCUCCACAGAGUCCAGACCACAUUCACUCAGCCUCUCUAUGCUGGACUUUGUUUUGAUUCUGGACUUUUUGUUUAUGUUGGAUCCACAGCUGAGUUGUGUAAAGUGAAAUAA